AACGCGACGCCUCGCCGACCCCCCACGCCCUUCUCCUUCCUAGUCGCUGGCUCGCGACUCAGUUGGAACGAGCGAAAUGGCUCUUGUGGUCGUGGAAUAUUCUUCUGUCGAAGUGAUUUGCUUUUGGAAAUCAUCAGGAACCGUACCGUCCCGAGUUAAGCGAAGAUCUUGCGAACGUUGAGUAGUGCGAAGUGUAUCGGAACUUUCGUGUCAUGCUGGAAGAAAAUCCUAAAAUGGUGUGUGAAGUUGGCCCUGUGCGCACAACGUGGGAAUCUAGGGAGAGGAGAAAACGCCAUCGUCGAGGGAAGAAGCGGCACUCAGGCAGAACCUUGGCGGUGCACCCGCCUGACCUGCAUUUGAGUAAGUCUGGCGGGGAAAGGGGAACUGAUGAGGACUCAUUUGAGUCAGGGUCAGAGAUGAGUCUUUUGGGUUCUCUUACCCCCAAACAUGUAGGCAACCAUCGUCCCUCUCAGCCAUCUUUAAGACCUGUCAUCGUCCCCAAAGCCCCUGAGAACUCCACACAGUUCUUGAUUGACGAUCACGAAGAUUCCACCCAAUUCUUUAAUUUUGAGGACAGUUAUAAGUCACCAACUUGGUGUGGGCCUAUGGAUGAUCCUGAUGCCUACUUUCCUGCUGAUUGUAAUGAAGAUGAGGAUGCGUUCAGUCAAAUGUAUUACAUGCGAGAUUUUGAGUCGGAGUACCAAAGUGCUAGGGAAGAAGUGCUGUUGGAUUGGAGUAGAGAAAGACUAUUUGAAGAAAUACAAAAAUUGGAGAGGAAGGCUCGGACAUAUGAAGAACUUCUCAGCAUGCAAGACCCAUACAAAACCCUUGCAAGUCUUCAAGAGCAACUUAUUCAUCUUCAAGAAGAGAACAGGCAGUUGCAAGCUGCACUGAGAUCAGAUCGCAGUAGCAGUAAUUCUACUUCUGACGAAGAGGUCAGUCCUUGCAGACGUCAGCGUGCUGAUACAGCGUCAGAUCUGGUCAUGGUCGUUGCUCCUCUGUCUCUUCAAGAUGGAUCUUUCAAAGAUCAAAGUCAAUCUUUAAUUGAGACUCACCACUGUGCAGUGUCAGAGGUGGAAUCCUAAUAUUUCAUCUUCCAGUGCUUGAUGAAAUGUUAAGGCAAGUGUUGAACAAUGUACUGCUCUUGUGUAUAGUAUGCUGAAAGCAAAUGCAGACAGCCUUAACAAAAUGACUGCAAUGUGAUAUUCAUUCUGUACACUGCAAUGAACAAAAGAUGACGCUUAUUAUCUUGAUAAAUGUACAUAGCGGUACCUAAAAUGAAUGAAAAAAAUGGUCUCAUUGUUGAAACUUUGGAGUGGCUCACAUUCAUUCAAUGAUUUUUACCAAUUACACCUGUGAUUCUUAUUAGUUAUCUGACAUAUGUGAACAUACUUAGUAGGAUAGCUGUAUUUUAUUUUCAGUGUAUAUAUAUGUUAAGAAAAAUUGAAUAUUUUGUUCUAGUGCACCUAAUUAUAUAGCUUGUUUAGAUUAUCAAAAAUCUGCUGUGCCCUCUGCUUGAUUUGUGCUUAUUUGAGCCUAAACAUAAAGACAAGAUAUUUCUUUUGUUGUAUCCUGAGCUGAUCUGCAGAUGAGGAGGUUCUGAAACUCAUCUCAUAAUAAUUUGCCAUGACCUGUUUUUUUCCUCCUUGUUUUAACGUGUUAGUUUCAUGUAAUAUUUUGAUUUAAAAGCAAAGUUAAGUUUCAUUACUUGUCUUCAAUUACAAAAUUUGGAAUUUCAUCAACUUAGCUUUCAUGUCGAAUAACUUCAAGCCAAAAAUAAAAAAAAGAACCUUUGAUUUCAGUAUUGACAAUAACAUGUAAGAUUGGCCAUAUUCUGUUAGUCAGUUUACAUAUUACAUUAUAAUGUGAAGAGACUGAUCAUUGUAAAUUAUUUAUUUAUUUUUCAAAACAAAACCUACAAAAAAAAAAAAUGAUUUGCAAGAAUGUACCUGUGUAACAGUUAUGUACUUGUAUGGAAAUCAUGCUAAAUUUCUCAUGACUUUUGUGGUUGUGUGCGCUGUCAAAGUUGUGAAGUGCCGGCAAACCUGCAUUUAAAAUUUUAUUCUAUCUUCUUUGAUCUGCAACUUUCAAUUUGUUUCCUUAGGGUAGGAGUUGUCCUGUAGUAUUUUAAUUAAAAUGGAAGAUUGGUGGUCUGUGAUGCAGUAGUCUUAGUUUUAGUCCUUACCUUCUUCAUUUAUAUAUUUAAUUGGCUAUAAUUCUAUUGCUGUGGACAUUACCAUGUUUUUCAUACCAAAUUCUACCUGUACCGCCUGUCUUUAAUUAUUUUAAAUUCAUGAAAGGUUUCGAAGUUUUCCGUUCCCAGGCAUUGAUGAUAGAAAUAAGUGAAGAUGCUAGCACUUACAGCAUAUUUUGUUGUGAAAAUUGUCUACACUUGUUUCUUGCUGUUUCUUAUAGGUUUACUGAGUAUAAAAUUUUGUUUCUACAUGUUUGUUAAGCACAGAUGUUUUAAAUCCCAGUGUGCUUUUGAUUUCUGUGCAUUUAUGAUCUUUGUGGAGUAUAUCCUUCAGACUUUUGAAUGAGAGUGUAUCACCUUUUAUUACCUUUGUUUUAAUUUUAGAAGCUUUUCUUAACCCUCAAUUACAAAUUACUUUGCAUCACAUUUUCUUUUGCAGCAUUAAUCAUACCAAAUUGAUGUUAGAAAUGCAUGUCACUAUUGAACUUUAUGGCCCCAUACCUUUAGUUUAUGUUUGCAUGUUGGAUGGACAGCUACCAGUAAUACGAACUGCGUUCUUUACGAGUGUCGUCUAUUCAGGGUUUUAGAUAGGUGGGUAAAUGAGUGAUAUAGCACAAAAUUCUUCUUGUCAUCUUCACAAAACAAUUUGUGGCAUGUGUUUAUCUGUGGUAGUGUUCUGGGUUUGCGUUCUCUAUCUUCCUCUGUUCUUUCAUAUUUGAUCUUUCUCAGUGAUAAAUUGGACUUUGUUACCCCAUCUUAAAAAGUUUAAUGUGCAAAAAGCGGUGUACAUAAUUUGUAUAAAUAUAAGUGAAAGGAUACAUGUUACAUACAUAUUGUUUGGGUAAGGACUAUGUUAUUUAGAUUUGGAUCCCUAUAUUUUAAGUGUGAGACCUUUUAAUAAUAAACAUAGAUGUGUUCA